GCGCACGUUUAUUUCAUUAAUUUAAUCAUGCCUUUUCUUUACAAUAAUUUCAGGUAGGUGUACGGUUGGCUGUCAUGGAAUGCACUCCGAUCACUCGUACAAAGAAGGACAGACGUAUACGUAUGCGUUGGAAGGCAGAUCGGUAUCAUUGGUUACCGAGGGCCAGGGAGAGGCAUAUCUCAAGCUCAAAGCAGAUGUUGAAUUGGCCGUUAAACCUGACUGCGUAAGACAGCUUAGGUUGAAGAACGUCCAGGUCAACGGAGCUGCUGUGGCACAAGAUGAUCUAGAAAAGUACGCACUGCAAUUCAACUAUCAUCAUGGUCAUAUUGACACAGAGCUGUGUGCCGAGGCUGGAGACUCUCAAGCAUCGCUUAACAUCAAAAGAGCUGUAAUCUCCCUUUUCCAAUCCUCUGUAGUUGAAGAGGAAGGCUCGACGAGCAGACACGAGAUUGACGUUCUUGGUGGUUGCCUCACAGAUUUUACUUUCACCAAAGAGGGCGACGUACAAAUUGUACAUAAAAACAGAAAUUUAAAUCACUGCUCUAAUAGGGAAAAUAUUAAGCAAGGACUGUUUUCGGGCGUGGUCAAUCCCUCAGCUGGAAUUCAAUCUACUCCCCUCGUCGGAGCUCACCAAGAAGUUCAGCUGCGAUUUAAGAACGGAGUUCUCGAGAAGGCCGUCUCAACGGAAACAUAUAAGCUUAGGCCUUUUAGUAAUGGCGAUGCUGGAGCUAAGACAGUUAUUGAAACGACAUUAACGUUCAAGGGGAAAAAGGAGGACAGUCCAACCGCACCCGUAUCACUGCCAAAAUCACUAAUUUUCGAGCCCCCUCAUCCAGUAAUUAAAUCAUCAGUGGAGAGCAUUGAAAAAGCUUUGCAGCCAAUUCACAAGGAUGAUGCGGAAGCUGUGAAACCAGAGGAAGCGCGAAAAUUUUCCGAACUUAUCAGAGUUUUGCGAACUAGUAACAAAAACGACAUUCUCACGGUUUACCAUAGAAUAAAAGCUGGCGCCGGCUAUGACAAAGAAAGGGACAAGAACGCCCUUUUGGAUGCACUGUACCGCACUGGUACUGGCGAGUCUGCCGAGGUCGUUGUCGAGCUCAUCAAAAAUAAGGAAAUCAGCCAUUUGCAAGCCCUUCUUUAUUACAGCAAUCUUGCUUUCAUUCAGCACGUGAAUCUAGCGUCGGUGACGGCUAUAGUGACGCUUUUGGAUCAGCCGAAUUUGGCGCGCGUAGGAUAUCUCGGUAUCGGUCAAAUAAUCGGCAGAUACUGCCAAUAUCAUUCCUGUCAAAAUGUCCCUGAAAUUAAGAGUGCGUUGGAGAAGAUCGUGGCCAAGGUUAAAGACGGAAAAGCCGACAAACGCUCGGAUGAAAAUGUCAUCGUCGCUGCAUUAAAAGGCCUGGGUAACGCUAAGUAUCUCGACGACGCAACGUUGGAAAAGCUCGCGAAUAUCGCGGCAGACAAGGGGGUUCGCAAUCGGGUUCGCGUCGCUGCGAUCGAAGCUUUACCAACUAAAUGCUCGAUGGUUUGGAAAAAUGUACUUUUCAAGACCUUUGCCGAUCAAGAGGAGGAUAGCGAAAUUCGAAUCAAAACUUAUCUAUCAUUUGUCUCGUGUCCUUGCGUCAAGGUUGCGAAAGAGAUCAAGGAGGUAUUGGAUAACGAGAAAGUUUAUCAGGUCGGAUCUUUCAUAACUUCGCACUUGCGUAAUCUUCGAGCAUCGGCCGAUCCGUUUAAGCAAGAUGCCAAGGCGCACUUUGGCCAAAUAAAGUCACGCACGAAAUUCCCCGAGGAUUUUCGUAAGUUUUCAUUCAACAAUGAAUUAUCUUACAGCUUAGAUGCUUUCGGAAUUGGCGCUACAGCCGAGAGGAACGUUAUCUUCAGUCAAAAUAGCUUCGUUCCGCGCUCGGCGACAUUGAACUUAACCACGGAAAUCUUCGGGCACUCUUUCAAUUUCUUAGAGCUGAGCACGCGCGCCGAGAAUCUCGAUCGUUUAAUCGAGCAUUUCUUCGGGCCUAAGGGCACCGUUGCCGUUCAGAAGCCGCUGGAUAUUGCAAAGAAUGCCUACAGGGGCUUAAACGAGCUGCCGUUAUAUAUUUUGAAACGCUUCGAGACCAGCAUGCGGGCAAAACGCGACGUAAAGCAAGCGGAUCUCGACAAGUUUUCUAAUAGCGUGCAAUUGAGAGGUAACGAGGUCGAUGAAAAUGUCGAUCUUGAUUUGUCGAUUAAAUUGUUUGGCGCUGAAUUGGCAUUUUUGAGUUACGAAGGUACGGGCAAGACGUACAAUUCCCAGCAAAUCGUUGAUAAAAUUUUUUCAUGCUUCGAUCAAGCCGUUAACAAGAUAAAAAACUUAAAUUACGAUAUUGAAAAGCACAUUUACUUCCUUGACGCUGAAUUCAUCUAUCCGACCGGAUUGGGCGUUGCUCUGAAUUUGGGACUUACUGGCUCAAGCGUUGUACGCACAAAGAUCAACAGCAAAAUUGACAUUCCGGCAAUCUUCAAGAAUCCGAAGAACGCUGCUGUUAAAAUCGCCAUCGAGCCAAGUGCGUCCGUGGAAUUGGUUGGCGAUAUCGUUGUCGCCGAUGGUUUUGGAGCCGAAUCGGGAAUAAAGCUCGUAACAACAUUGCACACUGCCACUGGUUACGAUUUAAAUGUUAAGAACCUCGAUGGUAAGGGCAUCGACGUGAGUCUCGGAGUACCAAAGAGAAAGCAGGAAAUAAUUAGUAUAUCAAGCGAUGUAUUGUACAGUAGCGGCAAGCCGAACAAUUACAGCCCCGUUAAGUUUAGCAAGGGAAAGGAGAGAUCGGAUUGCUUUGAUCAAUUCACCGCCCCAUUGGGAUUCACCGUCUGUGGCCACAUUUCUUAUCCGUACGAUAAUAUCGCCGCUUUACAAAAGAAACCCCUGUAUCCACUCAACGGGCCCUUCAAAUUCUACGUGACCGUCGAAAACAAUGACGUAACCAGUUAUCAUUUCAAGGCUUUGUAUAAUGAUAAAAAUCCUAAAGAUCGCUCAUUGGAGAUUCUUCUGGAAACGCCGAAUAGCCGAACGAGCCGUUAUGUUUCUCUUAUGUUGCAGGCUGCCGUCGAGCCAGAAUUUAAAGUUAAAUUUUUAUUCGAUUCGCCGAUUAAUAAAGCAUCGGCGGAGGCUCUCGUUAAACGAGACGCCCAAGAGCAGAGUUUGACGGUGACGAUUAGAAACGGGCAAAUCGAAUAUUUUGCGCGCGUUGGAGUUGAGGCGCUAGGGGGAAGUAAAUAUAAGCCUGUUUUGGAAUACAAAGUCCCCGAGCACAUUGAGAAGCUCGCUGGCUUGAAAGCCGAUAAGAAGGCAAGUGGCAAGGGAGGCCAAGUUCAUCAAGUCGAGGGAAGCGUGGAAGUGGCCGAUCACGAUGGCGGCAAGAAGUACGUAUUCAACGACGUUCAAUUGAUCUCAAAUGGUCAUAAGAUUAUUGGAAUCGAUGGCAAUGCCGUCUCCACCCCAAAGUCCAUUGAGAUCGACGUGAGCCUCAGCUACACGAAUGAAAAAUUAGGUUUUAAAGUCGAUGGGAAGCGUCUUGGAGAGCAUCAGUAUGUGCUAUCAGCCUCCGCCUUACCAUCCAAGAAUCCGGAAAAUUCAUUCGGCAUCGAAUGGGACUAUCAUCGCCAAAAGACACGAUGGGAUCAUAAAUUUGCCUUUGUACAGGGCGCUGACUUGAAAUCGAAUGAUCAUCGACUGCAGCUCACCCAGAGCGCUGAAUAUAAUUUCGAGCCCAGCCAAUUUUCAUUAUCAACGAAGAACAAGCUCACUUAUCCGAAAGCAGCGCUCGUGGUGAAAUUUGACGGUGCCUUGAACAAACAGUCCUUAAAAACCGAAGCGGAAUUUAAAUAUGAUAAAUUCAAAUUCGGGGCGGAACUUGCUGGUAAAAUAAAUGUCAACAAAGUCGGUGACUAUGACGUUGAAUUCAAUGCCGAAGUUCUUGAAAAUAAAGUGAAGCUUUUAUCGAAGAGAUCGAUUGUCGACGAGACGACAAGUAAAUUUGAAAAUCUUUUAAAAUUAACGCCCGGCGGUACGUAUCAAGCCGACGCGACAAUCAAGUGGCAAGUGAAGAAAAAUGACGUCAACGUAGUCGUUGGAGCGGAUAUUAAUCUUAAUAGCAAGAAAAUCAAGCUGGAUACGGGUUUUGAGCACGUGCCCGAGAAACUCAACAAUUACGUUCAAAUAAUUGGCAACGGGGUUAAGUAUGUCGAUUACAGUCUAAAGAUUCAUAAAGGACUGGAGCCCACGGGUGAUCUUAUUCUUAAUUUGAAGAAUUAUUUGACAACCAGCGGCCAUUUUGCGUAUAAAAGCGGCACGGGCAAUGCCGAAAUUACAAUUAAUAUCCCGAAAAUUAAUCGGGAAAUAAAGGGCGACGGGAUCGUUAGCAUAUCAGGUAGCAAAUAUAAUGCAAAAUUAGGACUUGCUUACGAUGCCAGUAAGGAUCCGAGCAAAAAAAUCGAGAUAAACACAAUGACCGAUUUGACAAGGAAUUCGAUCUCAUCGAACAACGUUAUUAAAAUUUUGACGUACAAGACCGAAGUCAAUUUGUUGGGAAACCGCGAGGGCGACCUAUACAAUGGCAAGCAAAACGGAAUCGUCGACAUUCUGUUGCCGAAUGGCCGAUAUUUAAUGUGGAAAAUCGAUCGCACAGCCGCGAGAAAAGAUGAUAAAAUUGAAGCUAAGGGCAUGUUCGAGGUAGCCGAUUACGUAACCAAGGGCGGCGAGGGCAAAAAAUUAAUCGUUAACUUCAAUGCUAAUAUCGCGAGUGUAAAGGAGCGACUGUUCGAUACUGCCUAUCAGAUUAAAUAUGUCCAUAACAAUGGCAAGGAUCUCAUACUCGAUAUAACGGGCAAGAAUCUCGCGCAACCCAAUUCGGAAAAGAAAUCCGGAGCAGCGAACGUCAAAGUAUCGGGCAGUUUCGUUCCAUACACAGCUGGCGUCACCGCCGCAGCCGACUAUGAACGCAAAAACGUCGCUUUCAAGGGCACCGCUUAUAGAGGGAGCGACUUUGUCAUCGAGAGUAACGUAAAUUAUGCAUUUGGAAACGAAAUUGACAAGCCGACGACGUAUAAGGGCGACGUCCAAGCUAAGCUUCCUAGUGACGUAUUGAAGAACAUUAAACUCGAAUUUGAUAAUUCCAUGCUUAUUGUUAAAGACGGCAAUGUAGAAAUUACUCGAUCGAAAAUACUGACGUACAAUGAUAAUAAGAAAAUAAAAAUCGAUACUCAUUACAAGCACUCGGGUGAAUAUAAUUUCGAGGCUCUCGGUACGUUCGCCCGUACAUUCUCAUUGUCGCUCAAAGUGCUGGACAAGCCAACUCUAACCGUCAAUGAAAAUUAUAAUCACGAUUUGACCGGAGAUUUGAAGAAAAUCCAAGAGAAGGGAAGCAUCAAAUUUGGCGAUAAGGAAGUUACGAGUAACGUCGAUUUACAAUGGCUACCUGAAUUCAAUAAGGUUUCGGUAAAUGGAAAAUUCACCACCCCGUUCGAGAAGUUGAAGAACAUCGAUCUUCAAGUCGAUCACAAGAGGGACAAUGAAAAAUCAAGAAAAACAGAAGUUUCUCUUACCGUCGAUGGUGUCAAAUAUACGCAAACGACUGCAAUUGAAUUAGAGGAGGCGCCUGGAAUUCACUUGGUUUUCACAUAUCCGGCAGGAAAAACCGAGCUCUUGGCUAAGUUUAAGAAACUAGGAGAGAACGAGUAUUCCGGCGAUUAUAAAUUGCUGACACCCAAGGGAUUCAUUACCGUCGAUGGCCGCGUUAAAUUGGAAAGCGUCGAUGACUUUGUCCUCAAUGUUAACUUUGACAGCGAUAAGUUUAAGUAUCGUAAAAUUCAUGCAGAAAUUGCAAAUAAACCGAGUUCCCAAGAUGGACGAAGAAUUUUCAUUACAGUUACGAGCGAGGGCAAAAAUCUCGUUACUGGAAGCACGAAUUACAAAAGGCACGAAGAGGACAAGAAAGUGACUCUUGAGGGUAGCGGCAGCCUCAAGGUCGGCGAGAACACAAAAAGUUCCUCUUUCAAGUACGUCCGUAAGCAACUGACGCGCGAGUCCGACAAGGAAGUCGGAGUCGCCAUUAUACUGAAUACAAGCUUUGGACGUUCGGCGAUCGUCGGCGAGCUCAAACUCUCCGACAAGGAGGUGCACGUGUUUAACAGCUACUGCGAGCAGAGCAAAGAUUGCGCGCACUUCAAGCUCCAGUCGACCCUCGAUACCGACCAUCUGACUCAUUUGAAUCACAAUCUUCAAGUCGAAGUGAAUCUUAAGAAAUUCAACGUACCCGUCGAGUUUGGACUUAUGUCCGGCACGAAGUAUGCCGACUAUUCGUUAGAUCAUCAAGCCAAUCUUUAUCUUCAUUCCUCCAAGGAUCGCACCCAGUAUACUUAUCACGUUUAUUUCAAUAAGCGCGAGUCCGCUGCGGUACUAUCACUACCCAGUCGCGAGUUGGCCAUUGUUGCCUUCCACGAUGUUCCCGCCAUUAAACAUUCCGGGGCUUACAAGAUCGAUGUGUCCUUGUAUUUGGAUAGAAAGAACAAGCCUGCCGAGAAAACGAGUCUCAUAUGCUCUGGCGACAUCAACGUUGACAAGAAUACCGUAGCGAUUAACGGUGAAGCCAAAUUUACUUAUCCGUUCCAAACUAAGGAUAUGAUUGUGAAAGGAAAAUUGCACGUGGGCGGUGAACAGUUACUCGAUGCCAAUGUGGACAUCGACGUAUUUAAUACGAAAAACGACAAGAUCAUUGCUACCGCUAAGCUCGUUCGCGUCGCACAGCCCAAAGGUUAUAACGUUACGAGUAAUUUCAAUUUACGUAGCAAGGGACAACAAUUGGACGUUAAAGUUGACCAGCACUACGCAGUCAAGCCAUACUCCAUUGAUCUUGGAUCAGCGAUAUUCUACACGGAUAAGAAUCAAAAACCAAAAUCUCUCGGCGCCUAUCUUAUAGCUAAUCUCGAACAAAUCGAUCUAUUUGCCUACAUACCGGAUAAGGAGCUUGUCAAAUCUCACACAGCCAUAAGCGUCUCAAAGCAUUCGCACAAAUUCGAGACUGAAUUCUCUCUGCUCGGCAAACCACCCGUUGCUAUAAAUUACGAGCUCAAGGACUACAAUAGUUUUACAUUCGACUUGGGCCGUAAAGACGAUGGGAAGAAUAAGAUCGUUGCCAAUGGGAAAGUUGUUCUUGGGCAGCUUGCUGAAAUUCAUGCCGAUGCCUUCAAAGAUGGAAGCAAAUUAGAUUUGUUCCAUCUAUUAAUACAUCUGGACGAGGGCAAAUUUAUGAAGCCCGACUUUGCUUACAACAACAAGAACAUUAUCGCCACAGUGAAUAAAUUCCGCGAGCAGAUCGUCGAGCGGAUUAAGCAACUUAAACAAGUUAGCGAGGGAAUUGGCAAGGAAGUUGUCGCUGAACUGACAGACUUUUUUGAACAUCUGAAAAAGGCUAAACCAAGCUUCAAGCCCUUAGUAACGUACUUUGAGGCCGAGCUGGUCAAACUUAAAAAUGAACUUCACGCUGAUCAAACAAUUAAAGAAAUUCAAGACAUUCUGAAUAAGACGUUCGGUGGACUUAUAGCGGCGAUCACCGAGACCGUAAAGAAAUUCGCUGAACAUUUUGAAGAGCUGCAGGAGCAACUUAACGAUAUCUGUAAUAAAUUGCAACAAGCCAUCAAAUCGACAUAUCCGCAAUUGAAGGAAUCAUUCGACAAAGUUUUUAAAGUUUGCGUAACCGUGUUCGACACGGCCUGCAAAUUGGCCACAGCUUACGUCGAGGCCAUUCUCAAAGUCUUGAACGAGCAUCAAAAGGACAUUGAAGAGCUAGUAUCCGUCGCAUCGGAGCUCAUCCAAGACAUCGCGAAAAUCGUUGUCAAGGGCGCGACUCAAAUUGAAAAAGAAGUGAAAGAAUUCGUCCAGUUGCUGGUACAGCAGGUCCGGGCACUUCCUAUUUAUGAAGUAGCGCAGAGGAUGCUGAAGGAGAUCGUUAAUUACAGACUGCCCGACUACAUUAUCGGCCCAAUCGAGGAAUUCUGCAACAACAUCAAAAACUUAUUGCCUACGCAAGAAUUGAAAGAUUUCUUCACCACUGUUUACAACUACAUUCUUAAGCACGUCAAGCACCACGAUGUUGACGAUUCGAGCGAAGUGAAGAAGAUCUACUCUCAAGCUUGGAAUGCAAUUCGCUCGAUUAUUCAUCUUUUACAGUCGCACGCCACCGUCGAGAAUGUUUUUGGCUUCUUGGAGACUCAAUUCCCAGUCGAUAUUAGUUACUUAAGAAAAUUGCCCGGCCUUUCGACUAUCCGAUUGUCCGUACUGAAACUAUUGCUCAAUCGCGAACUUCCAUCAGUCUCCGAUCUUUACUACGUUUACAGGCCAAUUCAUCAUGCUCACGAUAUGUUUCCACCAUCCAAGAAAUACGGAUUUUUCGGCGACGGAGGCUACGUCAUUACAUUCGAUGGCAGACAAUUCGUAUUCUCGGGAACUUGCAACUACAUACUGGCGCAAGACAUGCAAGAUGGAAACUUCUCUGUCGUUGGAGAAUACGCUAAUGGUAAUCUUGUUAGCGUCACCAUUACCGAGCCAGGCGAAAGUGCCACGAUUAAGAGUAACGGGAACAUACUGAUUAACAAUAAGCCAGCCGAUUAUCCAGCAAGUACAAAGAAUUUAGAAGCCUAUUUGGCUACGCCAUUCCGAAGAAUUAAAUCGAAAUAUGGAGCUAAAGUUGUGUGCAAGAUCGGCUCGGGCUUGUAUUGUUACUUGAAAGUAUCAGGAUUCUAUCAUGGCAGACUUCGGGGUCUUCUCGGAGAUGCCAAUAACGAGCCAUCCGAUGAUUAUAUCCUACCAAGCGGUAAAGUAACUGCGAGUACCAGCGAUUUUGGAAACGCUUACAAGCUCAAUCCGUCGUGCGCCGCGACAUCGUCUAAGGAAGGCGAGGCAGCUCGAGCUCCAAUUUGUUCCAAAUACUUCUCCAGCGACUCCAAAUUAAGCUCGUGCUUCAAUUACGUGGAUCCUAAAGCAUUCCGGCAGGUGUGCGAUCAAUUGAUCGGCUCUGGACAGAAAUCCGGAGCGUGCAUCGCCGCGCAUUCUUACACGGUACUCUGCUCAUCACGGGAUAUAUCGAUCAAUCCCCCGAAAGAUUGCGUUCAGUGUAAAGUUGGAGAUUCGUAUAUCGAUGGUGGCGAUAGCUUUAGCGUGAAGAUCCCUAGAAAGCAGGCUGACAUUAUAUUUGUUGUUGAGCAAGAGGCUGACAAUGAAAAGGCUUUCAAAGAACUCGUGAAGCCUUUGAUGGGCGAAAUUAGAACUGAGCUGAAGCAGCAAGGAAUUACGUAA